UUUUGUGGGGCUUCAUUUCUGCCGAGGCGAUGAUGGAGGGAGUCGCAGCGCGAGUCGGCCUCCUUGGACUGCUUCUGGCCUGUGUUACCACGGCACCGACCAAUAAGAACAGGGACUGGGACAUCUACAGCUUUCACGUCAACUCCACAGUGACCAGUCGCUAUGCAACCACUAUUAUCACCAGCCGGGUGGCCAAUCGGAUCGACCAGUCACAGGAAAUAGAAUUCCAUGUCAAGAUUCCCAAGAAUGCGUUCAUCAGUCAAUUCAAAAUGACCAUUGAUGGGCAGACGUAUGAUGGGGUUGUGAAACAGAAGGAGGAGGCUCAGCAGCAGUACACUCAGGCAGUGUCUCGUGGCCAAAGUGCUGGCAUAGUCAGUUCUGUGGGGAGGACCCUUGAGGAGUUUAAGACGUCUGUGACUGUGGCCGCGCUCAGUAAGGUGACCUUUGAACUGACCUAUGAGGAGCUGUUGAAACGCCGACUGGGCAAGUAUGAACUGCUGAUCCACGCUCGACCCAUGCAGCCUGUCGCUGACUUCAAGAUUGACGUGUACAUCAAUGAGCGACCAGGCAUUAACUUCCUGGACAUAAAAGGGGGACUGAGCACCAAAGCGCUGGCUAAUGCCAUCACCAAAACACACGCUUCUAGUGAGGCCUGGGUACAUUUCUACCCCAGCAAGGAGCAGCAGAGCCAAUGUGACAGCUGUGGAGAGCAGGGCCUGAACGGAGACCUGGUCAUUGUCUAUGACGUCUACAGGAACACGUCCAUGGGAGAUCUCAAGGAGUCAAAAGGGUAUUUUGUCCAUCACUUUGCUCCCAGUGACCUACCACGCAUACCAAAGAAUGUAGUCUUCAUCAUCGAUCGGAGUGGCUCCAUGCAUGGCAGGAAAAUGGAGCAGACCCGUGAGGCCUUGUUGAAGAUCCUGGUAGACCUGGUAGAGGACGACCACUUUGGCCUAAUCACCUUCGACUACUCUGUGUCUACCUGGAAGAAGGAGCUGCUGCCGGCCAACCAGGAAAACCUGGAGGCUGCCAAGAGCUUUGCACGACACAUUCACGACAGAGGAGCAACCAACAUCAAUGCUGCUGUGUUGGAGGGCACAGCCAUGCUGAACCGAAACCCACGAGAGGGUUCAGCCUCCCUCCUCAUACUACUCACUGAUGGAGACCCAACCACAGGUGAGACCAACCUCGAAAAGAUCCACAAGAAUGUAAAGGAAGCCAUUGGUAAGAAAUUCCCUCUCUACUGUCUCGGCUUUGGAAUGGAUGUCAACUUUGAGUUCCUGGAGAAGAUGGCACUGGAGAACAGCGGUGUGGGACGCAGAAUAUAUGAGGACUCUGAUGCUGCUCUGCAGCUGCAGGGCUUUUAUGAAGAGGUGGCCACACCCCUAUUGACGGACGUGCAGAUGGUGUAUGUGGGUGGGGCUAACCUGACCCAGACCAACUUCAGCCAGUACUACAACGGCUCCGAGAUCGUGGUGUCUGGUCAGAUCACCGACAACAACAUAGAGAUGUUCACUGCAGAGGUCAUAGCCAUAUCGAAAAGCAAUAGGGUGAUGUACUCUGAGACAAUACCAAUGGAGGAGCCCAUUGAAGCCAGGCCUGACAGCCACAUCCAGAGGCUGUGGGCCUACCUCACUGUGAAGCAGCUAUUGGACAAAGAGGUGCAGUCGAGUGGUAAGGUGAAGGAGAAGGUGAAGAAGGAGGCCCUGGAUCUUUGUCUGAAGUACGGCUUUGUGACUCCUCUCACCUCCAUGGUGGUCACCAAGCCCCAGGGAGAAGCCUCACAGGUGGCCCACAAGCCCAAGGAGGGGGAGAAGCCCACCAUGAGCCACCACCACCACGUAGUCCCCACAUGGGCCUCUGCAGUGCUGGCACAAGUUUAUGAUGACCAGAUAUAUGAUGCUGAUUAUUCCCUAACACCAUCUCCUGACUGGGCCAUAUCUCCUCAGUUGGACGUAUCCCCUGACUGGGACAUAUCUUGUGACUUGAAAAUAGUGAGUCCUCCCCUGAGGUUCCUGUUGCCAGCUGAGGGUCAGGCCCUGCCACUGUGCUAUGACAUCCCUGUGGCUCUCUCGCUCAGACUCUUAAAGGACCCCAACAAUGAGUUGUCUAUAAACGGUCAGCUUGGACAAUCAGCUAGCACAGGCUACCAGAAGAUUGUGAUCCAUUACAAAAGUGAUCAACAUAUUGAGUUAGACACCACUGUCAUCACCUUCAAGGAUGGACAGAAUGCAACAUAUUUCUCCUGGAGCCUGAAAAUCAACCACAAAACAGACAGUGUGUCUCUGAUCUUACGGGACAAGGAGAUGGACAUCACCAUAGGGUCAAUACGGGUCAUCAUCAUGCUCUACGAGGGGAAUGGAAUCAAGUUCCUGUGGCCCGUCCUGAGGCAGCGCCCGGCAGGAGACAACAUUGUGGGUAUCAUGGCCCGUCCACCUGUUGCCUAUGAGGAGGUCCAGGGAACAACAAUGAAACUGAAGAUUCAGGACAAAGAAAUAGACGUCUCCAGGGACUCUGCUGUGGAUCUCAGUGUUCGCUCUGCCCCCACCGUGGCAUGCUGGUUGCUGCCUCUUCAGUCUGCCCUACAGGGGGAGCUAGCUGACUUCACCGUCACACAACUCUAACUGAACACUAUACAUACAGUAAUUAUGUUCUAGAAUUAGGAAGAGCAACAAUAAAGACUGAGGUUUCUUUAUAGAGUUCUAUGAGUUCACAUAAUAACACAGCUAAAAUAUUUUGUGACAAAUUCGUUGUUGAAUAAAUAUCAUUUUAUGUU